AAAAGUCUUUGCGACAAGAACAACAAAUAUGGCGGUUCGGUUUGGCGUACCUGGACGUGAUAGGAAUUGUCAAAUGAACAACAGAUGAAUUAACGAAGUGACAACCCUCAGAACAGUAUAGUACAUUUAUUUAUUUGGUUCGGAUACAUAACGUCACAUCCUCCUGCCAGCAUCGGUGGAUUAUUCGAUAAAAUGCCCUCUCCUAAAGCUAAAAACCCCGGUCGCAGCGGAGGAAGCCCGGGGCUCUCCGGCAGCUCCUACGAGUUUUUCUCGUCGACGAAGCAGACGAGCCGCUCUUCACCGUCUCACCUUCAGCGACAGGGUUCCGACCCGACCACCGCCCGCCUUCGAGCCUCGGAGAGCCCCUCUCGGCGCCGGGGCUCCAACUCCUCCACGGGCUCGGCGAGCGGUCAGGGGCCACCUGAGGAGGACGGCAUACGGCUCAACCCCUCCCUGAUCCGCGUUUCGCUCAGCUCCUUGCUCGCCAUCGACUUGUGGUUGUCCAAGCGGCUGGGUGUGUGUGCCUGCGAGGACUCGUCCUGGGGCAGUGUGCGCCCCUUAAUGAAACUGAUAGAGGUGUCAGGUCAUGGCAUCCCGUGGCUGGCCGGUGCCGCAUACUGUCUAUAUAAAAGCGACAGUGCUGCAGGACAAGAAGUCAUGCUCAAUCUCCUCAUGGGCCUUCUGCUGGACCUCAUCCUGGUUGGUUUUGUCAAGGCAGUGGUGCGUCGGCGUCGGCCAGCUCACAACCAGAUGGACAUGUUUGCCACAUUCUCUGUGGACCGUUAUUCCUUCCCUUCUGGUCACGCCACCCGUGCCGCCAUGUGUGGGCGCUUCCUGCUGGCUCACCUUGUGCUGGCUGCCCCCCUGAGGGUCCUGGUUUUCCUGUGGGUGGGUCUGGUGGGAUUUAGCCGUGUGCUUCUAGGAAGACACAAUGUUACAGAUGUUCUCUUUGGGUUCUGGAUGGGAUAUUGUCAGUACAAGCUGGUGGAGAUGUUGUGGAUCUCUCCUCAAACUCUGCAAGGGCUGCUGGGACUGUCGGCUUAACAUGAGUGACUUUAGUGGAAGAUGUCUUUAUUUUAGAAGUUCCUGUUCACUGAUGUACAAGAUAAAAUGUCUUUAGAUGAAAGUUGGCUCAGUGGAAUAAUGUUUGCUCCCAUUUUUUGCCAAAUCACACAUCUCACCAAACUAGUUAGCAAUAAUACAGAGAUCAACCACAACAUUAAACAUCUGGUUAAUAUAGUAGAGGUCGCCUUCAUAGAAUAAAAACAGAGAUGCCAGGGCAGGUGCACGGAUGCUUUUCUAGAGGCACAGUGUUGGAAGAUUCUCUGAGCCACAUGCAUGGUUGGUCAUACUUUUAUCCGGGGAGUUUGAAGGCCACUUCAGCACACGAGGCUCUUUGUCGUGUUCUUUGAACAAUUGCAUUUAGAAGUCCUAAUGGUGUCCUAGGGUGUGUAGUACUGAUCAGAGUCUGCUGCUGCUCUGGAACUUUGUUGUCUGGAAAAUUUCUGCUCCGAUUUCCAAGGGUUUGGUUUUUAGCUGAGUAGUUUAUGUGUUAAUGCCUGUACUCUUAGCAGGAGUUUUAAUGUUGUGGCAUCGCAGUUCAAGAAGAGGACACUUUAGUUAGUAAUAAAAACAAUGAAAUUGUUUUAGUAACACAGUUAAAGCUUGAAUAUGAAACAAUGUAAUAAAAAACUACAUUUAAAUAUUAAUACCUCCAGGAGGUGUUUAGAGGUGUAUUUUAAUUAAAAAAUAAUCAAAUAUUUAUUUUGACGGGCACAACACAGGGUUUAUGUUGACAUCUACCAGCCAAUAGAGGGCACCGUUGCGGGUUGCCAAAUACAGUAAACAGUCCGCUCAGCACAGCGAGGCUGGCGUUGUGGAAAAUGGCAGACUAGACAAGUCACGCUGCUGCUUCUGAGCCCAGAAGAUGUUCUAACGUUAAAUGCUGUUGUGAAAUGAAUGUAUUAGUAGAAAUGAGUCCUUACCCUGUACGAUUCAUCGCUGGACAUGGUUCUGGCUGGUCACUUCACCUAUCGGCAGCGAACCUGGCCUCCCAACGGCUGGAAACCUUGUUCUACUGUUACAACUACAAGCUUCACACACUAGGUGUCACUUUGGUGUUCGUGUUCCAUACUCAACCUAUAAACCCAGUUAGCAUCCUGAUUUGAUCUCAUUACUAAUAACAUUGCAUUUGUUUUAGGUAAAAUCAUAAUUUUCAUUUCACUAGUCCAUGUAUGAGCUCCAUUUUCAUUAUUAAUCAGCCAAAACUUCACUUGUAGCUGGUAAUCAGAGCCUGCGGUCUCCUGAGGUUCUGAAGUUGCACCACUGCUUGCUUUACUGACCUUUGGUCUUAAUGUUAUGGCUCAUUAGUUAUGGCUUACCAAACCAUGCUUUUGAUCUGUGUGUUUUAGUCUUGUUCUGCCCUUCACUAUGUCUGUGUUCGAUGUGUUUGAAGAGACUUUUUCCCAUUUGCUGGUUUAUUUGAAUGAAAAAAAAAUGUAACUGUCAACAAUUAUCAGGCUCUUAAGCAACCAAAGUGUUAAACUUUGCAGAUUUCUUCAGCUUGAUACCAUUGAGUAUUUCUGCAGAUCUGCCUGGGAAUGUGCUCCAGAACAAGUUGAGGGUCCGACUGGUUUUCCACUGGUUUAUUGGUAAAUGCACCUUAAAAUAAUCCUGCAAAUGAACACAUCAAAACAAAUUUCAGGUGUAAAGGAGUUGCAUGUUUUCUGCCUAAUUCUGAAUGUUUAACCACACACUUAAAAUGUAUAAAUAAUGAAAAUGUUAAAAUUAGUGAGUAAUAUUUAUUGAUGUAGGUGGUGAUGUUUUAUACUCAGUAUGUCAGCAUUUUUAAUCUUAAUAAUUAUUUGAGCUCCUUUUUUAUUAUUAUUUUUUUCUUUCCUUGAAAUUUUUGUUGUUCUAGUGAAGCACCUUGUGAUUUUUAUCUAGGAAGGAGCUAUGUAGAAAAAUAGUUCCUCUUCAGUCUGUAGCUGUUUAGCAUUGUGUGCUGGUGAUGUCAUCAUAUCUGUGUAAUGUUAAUAAAUAGUAUGUUGGGUUAUAUAAA